GCUCCACCGAAAGCGAUGAGCGUGUUUAACCACAAUACCCACGGGAAGACGAGACUGAGCCAUGAUACAAUCAAAAUCGCGUGAAGUUUCGCGGACGGCAUGUUCAUUAAAAUAAGAACAAAAAUGUACUCACUAGUACUAGUAUUGGUCAUAAUUUAGCCUGUAGUCCUAUGGAUCCGACGGCAUCUGGAGAACUUUCGGCACUUUUAACGACCUAUAAAGACUGAUUAUCAGAAAGAUGCAGACUGACCCUGUGUAUGACUACCCUGAGGCCCAGCCGGUGGGGGAGAGGCAGGUGUGUCCUCAGAGGGGGUCCCUGAAGAGCAUCAGUGUGCUGGACCGUCUGCUGCUCACACACCCUGUGUGGCUACAGCUGUCCAUCAACUCUGCCACUGCCCUUCACGUCCUGCAACGGGAGCCUCCCGGGACAUUCCUGGUUCGCAAGUCCAGCACAUCCCAGAAGAAGGUGCUCUGUGUCCGGCUGGCCGAUGACAGUGUGCCCUCCUUUGUAAAGCAGUUUGUGAUUCGUGAAGAGGACUCCACUUUCUCCCUGGACAGCUCAGCCAUACGCUUCCCUGAUCUCUGCCGUCUCAUUGCCUUCUACUGCGUCAGUCGGGAUGUCCUGCCAUUUACUCUUGAACUGCCAGAGGCCAUAGCGAGAGCCUCAUCACACAAGCAACUUGAGUCAAUCUCCCACAUGGGUGUAGAGUUCUGGAGCUCACAGCUGAACUUCAGGGGGCCUCGUAAUGGUCCUCUGCCCACUGCUGAGGUCCUAGCCCCACCGCCCCCAGCUCUCAAGCCCGAGGACUGCAUCACGCCCAUAGAGAACCCCACCCUGUUCGAGCAGUUCUGUCCCAUCCGCACGCGGAGCCCCCGAGAGCUGGACAUCGGCACGGGCCAGGGAGCCCUGUGCUUCAUCAACCCCCUCUUCCUGCAGGACGAGCCUGCCCUGCACCGGCGCAACCGCUUCAAGCGCAGCAUCAAAGUGCGCGUGUCCACCGAGAACUCCAGUCUGCUCUCGCCUCCGGUCGCCCCGCCGCCGCCGCCACCGCUGCUGGCCAAAGCCAAGAAAGGCAAAGGCGCACGGCAGAAGGCCGCCGUGGUGGACGAGGCCAAAGACAGACCAAAGGAGACCGCGGCAGCGCCAGAGGAGGUCUCAGACUACCGGGCACCCAGCUUGCUGCUACCCAAGAAAACGAGAGCUCUGGUGUCACCCACUCUCUCGCCAACAGCAGAGGAGGACGACUAUCAAAUGCCAAAAGCUCUGCUACGGAGCUGUGAUCAGAGAAGGGAGGAGGAAGAGGAGGAUGAGGAGGAAGAGGAUGAAGAGUUGAGUGAAGAUGCAGGGCUGGUGCUGGAGCAGAGGUGUGCUCCGUCUCUUAGCGAGCUGGAGAGCAGCAGCUCCCUCAGCAGCCUGGACGAGGCCGAGGAGGCCGAGCGGCCGCCUCUCCACAGGGGCACCAGCGCACCGGCCGCCCCCCUCCCCAGCCCUACUGCGCAGCCCCAUCCCCAGCCCGUCUCCGCCCUGCGCAAGAUGAGCGCCGCCUUCGUCUCCUUCUUCAUGCCGGAGAAGCGCGUGGCCCGCAUGGUGGAGGAGCUGUCGCGCGACCGGCGCCUGGCCUUCGGCGGCCUCGUACAGGACUUCCUGCGUCAGCAGCGUGAGAGCCUCAAGUUGCCUAAGGUGACCUCGGCCGUGGAGAUGCUGCAGGGCAUCCGCCAUUUCCUCUCUCAGGCCAAGGCAUUCCUCCAGGACUGCGGGGAACUGGAGCCCCCCAUUGAGACCUUGCUGCCAGAGGAUGAAAAAGAUCAGGCUCUGGAGAAGGCCAUGUUCCGCUCUGUGUUGAAACCACUGAAGGGACAGAUUGACGGAGCCCUCCGUGCACUUCACGACAGAGAUGGCUCCUCCCAGCGCCUGGCUGAGAGCCUCAAAAGGGCGAAGAAGAGCUCGCCUCUGGAGCUUUUCGGGGUGCAGGUCAACGUGCCAGAUGCCCAGGGCAUAGAGCAGGUACGGCAGAAGCUAAUCAUGCUACAGCGCGCCUACUCUCCCAUUGACAAAGUGCUCCUGCUGCUACAAGUGUGCAAACUCAUCUACAAGGCCAUGAACAAAGACAAACGGAAGGAGUUUGGUGCAGAUGACUUCCUGCCAGCUCUCUCCUAUGUGAUUGUACAGUGUAACCUACCAGAGCUUCUGAUAGAAGUAGAGUACAUGAUGGAACUGCUUGACACCCCAUGGCUCACUGGAGAAGGUGGGUACUAUCUGACCAGCGUUUAUGCCAGCUUAUGCCUCAUCCAGAGCGAGCUGACGACUCCUCCUGCCAGUGGGCUGACUCGAGAGGCCCGAGAGUCACUCAAAGAGUGGAGUCACCGCCGCAGCAACGACUCCAAAAGAGGGAAAAAUUUUCAUCAGAGGUUUGUGAAAGUACUCUUCCAGAAUGAGGAGAGUAGCUUGGUGAAGACCCUCCAGUGGAAGAAAGGGGUAAACGUGGAGGUCUUGGCCCAAGUCUGUGCUGCCAAGUUUGGCAUCAGUGAGCCAGACGACUACAGUCUCUUCUGGAUAAAAGAUGGGGAGCCUGAGUCUCUUCCCCCUGACUCUAAAAUUGAUGACUUCUUGGCCUUGAGUGGCAGUAGGUCUCCCCUUAUUUACCAGCUCCAGAACCCUGAGGCAAGGUCACGCAAACUGACCAGAGGGGGUGCUGUGGACCUAGUGGAGUCAGUGUAAUUCUGGCAAAAAAUAUACCCAAGUUUUAUCCAUUGAUGGUGAAUUCAGUUAUACAUUGGUACGUGUUUGGUAGCUGUGUUCCAUGCACUUAUAUAUUUGAUUGCUCUUAUUUGCAUUGAUUCAGAUGAGGGGGCAUCCAUGUUCAUUUAGGAUAAAUACUGGUUAUUGCAUAAAGUGUUUUAAAAGAUGAUUAGUGGUGGAAAACAACUGUAAAUAAUAGUCAUAAAAUGUUGAAUAUAACAAUACAAUGGUAUAUUUAAAAUCCAUCUUCUGGCAUGACUGUAUAAUAUGUAUAAAUGGAAACAUGAGCCAUAUUUAUUUCAUACUCUUCUCCAUUCAUGGGACCAGACAUGACUGCAUGUGGGAAAAAACGGUUUAAUUUCCAGAGGACUGCAGUCAAAACCAGCACAAACAAGGCGCUGGAUUUCCUUUAAAAACCCAGCUGUAACCUGAUGGAAGCAAAACAGUUUUCUUGCAUUUAAAUAACUGCAGCUACGUUUGAGUUUACUUCAUACGAUGUUGGUUCAGACAUUUUAAACUCUGGCAACCACAAACCUCUCCCAUUGUUGUCCUUAGGUGGAGAAUAUAAAUGUAUUGUAAAUCACUUUAAUGCAUCCAAAGCAUUUCACACAAUUAUACUACUAUGAUAAUGCCAAGAACUUGUAAAUCAUGAAUGUUGAUGACCUUGUUUUUAGAAUGUGCAGGUACACAUGAACCAUAAAACAAGCACUUCUCUAUGAUGGAGCUGACAGCAGUCUUUGCCAGUUUCAUGAAAUCAUUCCACUAUAUUUUAAGGACUAUGGACAUUCUGAAGAUUUGUUUCAUGGACAUGUCAAUAUUGUCUCAAGUUAGUGUAGUUAUAGCCAAUGACUUGGAUUUCCAUUUUUACUGAUUGUUGAAACCUGGGAAAAUGUCUGUGGACAGAGACUGUUGGCUGUUUAUUGCAAUCCUCGAGGAAAAGUAAGCCAGAUUUUAUCUUCACUAACCUUAAAAUAUUUCUGGCACUUGCAGAGACUCACAGAAACACUUGGCAAUUGGCAGACUUUAAGCCUGUGAGAUUUUUCCUGGAGAUUGUCUCCUCCUUUCUUUGUUUUUGGAAUAACUUGAUAUGUUAUUUUUUGCCGAGUUCUCACCAAUGUUGUUGGCAGGUUGUUGUCUUGUUCUUUUUCUGUGAAAUAAAUAUUCAGCUCUAUA